GUGAUCAUGUUACGCUUUCUUCUUAUGUAUUAUGACAAAUAUAUCGUUGUUAACGAUGCAGUAUUGCCCAAAUAUGUGAGCACACACCACCGAUCGACCCGAUAGGCGAUACGACGUCAGUUCCUGGUAGUUGUCGUUGGUCCAAGAUGUCUGCCCCCAUCGAAACUAAUGCAUCGCUUGUUUUAUGUAUUAUUGGGAAUAUUCCUCCUUAUUAUAGAUCGUCCGAUCUAAGAAAUUACUUUUCUCAAUUUAUAGAAUCUGGAGGUUUUAAUUGUUUUCACUUUCGGCAUCGACCAGAAACGAAACAGUUAAAAAACGUUCCGGAAUCUUCAGUCUCAGACUCUGUACUCACUGUGACUGUAGCAAACGUUGCAAGAUCAACAGUUACUGCUAGUGCAAGUACUACUACUACUAGUAGUGGGACGCAAUCCUGUACAACAGAAGGCGAAGGAAGUAAAUCGCGGCUCAGUGACAGUGUAAUGAAUACAACAUGCUGUGUGGUACGGCUAGCGAAUGAAAAUGUAGAAAAGCUUAUAAAGAUGUACCACAGAAAACACUGGCUUGACAAGGAAGGAAACAUGAUCCAGUCAAAAUGUUUUAUAGCAAAGCUAAGAACAUCAUCAGAUAAUGAUACAGGUACUGCAAGUUCCAAGUACGUGACCAGGAAAGAACAGCGACAGAUUGACCCAGAUCGGGAACAGCUGACCGAUGUAAACAUAAGGCAACUUGCUGAGCUUCACCCCCCACCCGUGAUGCCACAGGGCAACGUGGGAACACCUGUAACAUAUUUCCUGGAGCAGAUAAGGUUGUGCAGAAUGCCAGGGCAUCUCAUUAAACAGUUGGGAUUGCAGUUUCCAAAGUCAAGAUCAAAUCGCCGCUAUGGGAAUGUGCCAUGUGAUUACGGUGGGGAAACCUACUCAAGAUUAGAUACUGAGGAAGAUGAAGUCAUUACAGCUUCAGGGAUGCAGCUGAGCGAUGUGUAUUUAAAGACACAAAUGCCCUCGGAAACCAGGAAGGAUGACAACAACAGCAUCAGCAACGACACAGAUUCUGGAGAGGAUGACGACACAGGUGAGGAAUGGGAUAGGUACGAAUCCUUCCACAAUGAUGUCACCUCGCAGGAUCGCACAAAGGAAAGACUUUAUGAAGAAGAAAUGGAGGUGACCUGGGAAAAGGGUGGGCCAGGUCUUGUCUGGCAUACAGAUGCAGCAUACUGGGACCAAUUGGAAGGAGAUUUCGAUGAGAGAACAGCUGAUGAGUGGGACGUUGACAUGUCUGUGUGGUAUGAGCCUCUUGGUGGAGAUAAGGACAGCAGGGAUUUCGUCCAGAUGAGGAGAGAGCAGAGACGAAGAGCUGGGAUAGAAGCUACUGAUAUGUUUACUGCUGGAUUCGGAGACCGAAAGAAAAGGAAGAAAGUUCUUGAUCCAGAAGAGAGCCAAAAAAUUGGAAAGUUUGAGAAAUAUACUAAGGGGUUUGGUAGAAAAAUCAUGGAGCAUCAUGGAUGGAAGGAGGGUCAGGGACUUGGAAAGAUGAAAUCAGGUAUUUCUGAAGCUGUGGAGUUGGAUGGACAGGCUGGGAAAUCCAAAAUUGGAUUUGGCUACCAUGGCGAGAGGUUGGUAAGUAGUGAUGGGCCCAGAGUUCAGCAAGGGCAGCGUCAAGCCAUAAUCUCUACAGCAUAUGAUCGGCCAGGGAUGGACGACCCGCCUGAACCCCUGCUGCGUUCUGGAGAGCCUACAUUCAUGAAAUGGAGAGACGAGAUGACGUUUGUGAAGCCAAAGGACAGCAGCAGCAGUUGAUACUUCAACGUCGAGAUGCAAUUGCAUGCAUUGCAUUCACAAGUGCCAAGUUUAGCUGACAAAAUGAUUUGACUCUAGCAUUUGUAAAUAUUUGUAUUUUUAUUGUAUUUUUGUUUAAUCUUAAAGGAACAGUAGCCUCUAGGUUCUAGGGUUAU